GCUCACAGUCGACAUCCUCGAAACUGAAAGAGAAGCGUGUAGACAACCGCUUUACUGUUAAUCGUACUUUCUACUACAGGUCGACUUUUUUCUGAAGCGCCAUGAGGCAUCACAUUCUCGCCCUACCCUGUAUACUUUCAAUGGCUACUGCUUUCUCUGGUACGCAACCGUCGAUUCGAUCGUCUUCAACAGCACCGUCGGCAGCGACGAUGCUGUCGAUGAGCGACAAUUCCAGUAGCAGGAGUGACGAAUUGAGUCGUCGCCAACUAGGUGAGCUGGCCUUUGCAGCUAGUGGACUCGGGGUGACGUACUUCGGUACUCGCGAAAGAGAUCCCUUGGACUACGGGCUUUGGGGUGUUCUACCAGUCGGCACCUACAAAAAGAAGAAAACGAUCCUUGAUACUAUUAUACCGGAUAAUAUGUGGACCUUUGACCAAAAGUUUGGAAUUUUGGACGUUCAGGUUCCUUUGCGUAUGACCGUCACGCGAUUAUCGUCCGGCGGUCUGUUUGUGUACAAUCCCGUUGCGGGAACGCCCGAAAUGGUUGGCAUGUUGCAGAAGCUUGUGGACCAGUACGGGCCGGUCAAACACAUUGCCGUCGGAUCGGUGGCAUUGGAACACAAGGUCUAUGCCGGAGUUUUGGCGCAGAAGUUUCCGUCCGCUCAGGUCUGGUUGACACCGGGGCAGUACUCGUUUCCACUCAAUCUACCCGAAUCCUUCCUAGGCUUUCCAAAGUCGCGGACGCGCGCGAUGCCUGCCAGUAUAGACGACGCUCCUGAGGACUGGAAGGCCGACUUUGAUGUAGCCGUUCUAGGACCAAUUAUUUCGCGUGAUGGAGCUUUCGCCGAAACUGUAUUCUUUCACAAGCCGACCAAAACCUUAUUGGUGACCGAUACGGCGGUACAAGUGACAGAAGAGGUACCCGCCAUAUACGACUCGGAUCCUUCGCCACUCCUAUAUCACGCCCGCGACACAAUCACCGACAACGUACAAGACACACCCGAGACUCGUAAAAAAGGAUGGCGGCGUAUUGUUUUGUUCGGACUCUAUUUUACGCCGAGUGCGAUCACUAUUAAGGAUUUUCAGUCAGCAAUUCAGGAGCGUCGACCAGAUAUCAACUCGGACUUUGCAGGUAUUUAUCCGUGGGACUGGGAUGGUGACGAAAUCGCUAGUUGGCGUGCUCUUACCGGUGACGGCACCAAACCACUGGUUGCCCCUAUUCUACAAACGCUUCUUCUGAAUCGCAGCCCGGUAGAGGUUCUGGACUUUGCCGAUAAGGUAUCGCAAUGGCCAUUCACCCGCAUCAUCCCGGCUCACUUGAAGAACAACAUUGCCAUGACUGGUGAUGAGUACCGGAAAUCGUUCGGGUUUUUGGAAGAAAAGGGGGUGCCGCUAGGCUAUCCCAAACCGUUGCAGUCGGAUUUACAAUUGCUUUUGGAUGCGGAGCAAAGUCUAGUCGAAUCCGGCGCCAUUAAACCUGCACCUCCUAAAGUUGGAGGUCAAUACUCCCGCGCCGAGAUUAUUGCAAAAACGUCGUACCAAUGUCGAGCCGGAACCUGUGCCCCCCAGGCCAAUCCGUAAAAGGAUACACAAAGCGAAGUGUGCGGCAUCAUAGCUAGUGCACCAACAAUAUAGAGAGAAAAGACACCUGGACGACGACUUGAUUACACGUUGGUUGGCCAUUUUAACGGAACAGUACUCCACAUUAGCGGAGAAUUUUCACCGACGCAGUUUUUGACGACUCUCUGACUUCAUGUACUCCGCAGACGCUACCGCUACCUCUGUCGUUCGACGUUGCCCAAUUUUUCGCUGUCUACGAUAUUGCGAGCUCCACGUUUCCUGUAACUCGUUGUUCUUCCACCAAUUGUCUUCCACAACUGAGCAUACUUCAUUCGACUGAUCUCGUUCAAUGUCGCUCAGUAUCCCUGAUCGUCUCCGGUUAGCUCCGGCACAAGUCACAAACUCCGGCCCACAACGCUUUUCGUCGCAGUACGUACAACGAUUCAAACUAGUCGGAUGAUCGUCUUCGGCCCCGGUCGAGUCUACUUGAGAAAAAAGUCCAUGCCAGAGACAGACAAAGACACACUUGCGCAGAUCGCACAUUAUGUUCUCUACCCAGCAAUCAUUGCAAUCCGACGUAAAGCCAACACGGUCUUCCAUGCAAUUGCUGGCCGUUUUGCGACCCCAGAUUAGACCGCGUUUGGCGCACGCCACGGAAUCGUCGUAUAGGGUAUUUUUGGUUUCGUCGUAGAUGCCCACGUCACGGGGAUUGGAGCAUUGUCCGCAAUCACCGCAGUGUGCGAUAAAGGAAUUCCCCAAUGUGGAUGUGUGUGGAGGACUCGUUUGCUGUCUAACCGCUUCUAUUACCGAAGCGUUUGGCCAGGUUUGUAUCACAAUAGAAGAUGCGAUAGUCGCAUUAUCCUGGGCACUGGUGCUGUUCCUAUCGUUGUUGAAGGUAAUGCCACAUAUUUGUGGUUGCUGGUAGAACCACAAUGUAUCGUCAGCUUGACGGACUUUAAUUUCUUGGAAUUCCAUGCCCAGCCAAAGCACCAAGAUGAGGCUGACGAACCCUAGUAAGCCAUACUGGAUGAAUACGCGGACGAGACGCCGGGUGCGCGGAUUUAUACAGCACGUGGGAGGUAUUAGGCGCGCCAAGUGGACAUUUGGCCUUUUGCGGACCAAUGGCCAGCAAUUCAACCAGCGGCGACGGUAAGGCAUCACCACAAUCAAUUCCGAAAGAGUUGUUCCGAUGGCCAGCGGGCCGAGAAGAGAGUUCAAAACUUUGUCAAAUACUUACCCUUCGAUUUGGUACGAAACGCUCGACGGCUGGAUAGCAGGAAGCGAAUUCCUGGAGUCGAAACGUACCGGAGUCUUCGAUUGUGUGAUUGUGAAAAGUUUAUUACAAAAGCUCCAGCAACACCAUACUCAUGGCAAAGUUCUAGUGGCGAAGUGCAUCCUCGGAUGUCGUCGAAGGAAGUUUGUUGUGCCUCUCGUUUUUCGUUUAUGGUGAGAAGGAAUUCGUUUC